UCUGGGCUGCAGCGGUUCGGUUGCCAGAGGAAACAGUUCUGAUAGAAAACCCGUUGGUUCUGGUUCGGAUUGGUUUAUGGAAGUAAGGUGUGCAGUGAGACCGACCCAACCCAUCUGGUUCCAUCUGGUUCCAUCUGGUUCCUGCGGCUCUCAGGUGAUUUUAGGCUGCUGAAGUCUGAACCAACAGCCGUCAUCCUCCUGGAAUGAAGCUCAACCUGUUCAGAGUGAAAUCAUGUCAGUGCAGCUGCUUAGAGUUCGGAGGUCCACUCUCCGUGUUUCUGGCUCCACAUCCUUGUUUUCUGCUUAGAAGAAGAGCAAAUGUUUACUUUCAUUGCUGCCUGACUGAACUGGAUUGAAGACCUGAGACCAGUCCAGCUCUGGUCUCUGGUCAGUCCUCUACAUGGAAUGCAGCGGCAGGCGGACCAGCUAGCUCCGCCUGCCGCUCCGUGUUCACUGACGCAGUUGAGUCGACAGCAGCAGCUCAGACUUCUUCAGGUUCUGUUCUGCUGUGAAGCAGGAAGAAUGGCUCAGCGGGGGAUUUCACUGGACGAAGACAUGCUGAGGUGUUCUAUAUGUCUGGAUCUACUAAAGGAUCCAGUGACCAUUCCCUGUGGACACAACUACUGCUCCGAGUGCAUCAAAAACCACUGGAAACAGCAGGACCAGAAGGCCAUCUACAGCUGCCCUCAGUGCAGGGAAGUCUUCACACCCAGGCCAGUUGUGGGAAAAAACACCAUGUUAGCAGAGCUGGUGGAGGAAAUAAAGAAGGUCGCACUCCGAGAUGCUCCUUGUCUUCAUCAGUACGUUGGACCUGGAGAUGUGAGCUGUGACUUCUGUACUGGGAGGAAGAUGAAAGCCACCAAGUCCUGCCUGCAGUGUCUGGCCUCCUACUGUGACCUCCACCUCCAGCCUCACUACGACUCUCCAGCUUUUAAGACCCAUAAGCUGGUCACAGCCUCUGCAGACAUCCAGGAGAACAUCUGCUCCCUGCACAAUAAAAUGAAGGAGAUCUUCUGCCGCAGCGACCAGCGCACCAUCUGCUUCCUGUGCUCUAUGGACGAGCACAAAGGUCAUGACACCGUCUCCGCUGCAGCAGAGAGGACCGAGUGGCAGCAAGAGCUCGGAGCGAGACGGCAGGACAUCUGGCAGAGAGUCCAGGACCGAGAGGAGGCCCUGAAGCUGCUUCAGAAGGAGGGCGACAUCAUCACUGGCUCUGCCAGCGACACGGUGGAGAACAUCCAGGCAAUGUUCAAACAGCUGCUGCAGCUCCUGGCCCAGAGAAGCUACGACAUCCAACAGCUGAUCGGAUCCCAGCAGGAAGCCGAAAUGAGGCAGGUUGAAGAGCUUCAGCAGAGAGUCCAGCAGGAAAUCUCUGAGCUGACCAGGAGAGACCAGGAGCUGGAGAAGCUGGCACACACCGAGGACCACGUCCAGUUCCUACGAAGGUACCCCUCUCUGAUAUCACUGGGCCCAUCUACAAACUCACCCAUCAAUAUUCGGUCUCCAAACUACUUUAAUCAGAUAACGUAUGCUGUCACUGAGCUAAUUCAGAAACUGCAGGACACCCUGAGGCAGGAAUGGACCAGGAUCGCCAUGACCACAGCAGCCCUUCCACAGACACCAGCUCACCAUGGGAUCCCACCAUCACCACAAGCCAUACUCUCCAAAGUCGGUUCCUUGGAGUUACCACCAAAAAUUCACCCUAAACCAGAGAGGCCCAAGGAUUCAGCACCAGCAGCUCCUCCACCCCUCACCAAGUCCAAGACUGCACCAAGGCCACCAAGACGCCUGAAAUCAUUUGAUGACAAGGUCCUCAUACCUUCAGCUUACUCCAACAUUAUACCAACGGCACAAUUUCACACAUCGUCUAUGGAGUUCAAGAUGUUAAAACCAACAUACCCAACACAUCCAACACCAGGAACUCACCUGCAGAAGGGCCCCAAGGUUUCCUCACCAACGUACCCAACACCAGAUCAAUCUAAAGGUCCGUUAUCGGACCUGACAGAGGGCGAGAACACAUUUACAUCACCGCUAGGUUACCCAUCACUAGAUAAGUUCAAGGUUUUACCACCAGCAGCACCGAAUCACACACCAGGAGAGCCCAAGAUGAGAACAGAGUUUUUACCGUAUGCAUGUCGGCUGCACUUGGAUCCCAACACGGCUAAUAAAAUGUUGGUUCUGUCUGGACAGAACAUGAGAGUGACACGAGGAAAGAAAAAGCAGUCGUACCCGAAUCAUCCAGAGAGAUUCACAGACCGGUUUCAGGUUCUGAGCAGAGAAGGUCUGACUGGACGCUGUUACUGGGAGGUGGAGUGGAGCGGGAUCGUCUCUGUGGCAGUGGCAUACAAACACAUCGUCAGAGCAGGAGGAACCAGUGGAUUUGGAGAUAAUAAGAUGUCGUGGGCCUUAUAUUGUCACAAUAAUAAAUACAUCCACGAUGGUAGAAGCCUUGACCUCCCAGGACCUCCGUGUUCUAGGAUAGGCGUGUAUCUGGAUCAUGAAGCAGGAGUUCUGUCCUUCUACAGCAUCUCUUCAACCAUGGCUCUCCUGCACCAAGUCCAGGCUGUUUUCACCCAACCGCUACACGCUGGAAUCUGUGUUGGGUCUGGAUCUGCUGAGUUACUUCAGCUACUGUAGGCAAUGCCCAACAAUUUGCUUUUAACUCUCAGAACCAGCCAAGACUCAGACGGACUCUGGAUGUCUGGUGUAGGUCUCGGGUGUUGGGCAUCUAUCAACACCCGAUGCCCAGGGACCAUCAGACCAUCAGCCUGAUGGUCCCUGUCAGAGUCCAUCAGGCUGAUGGUCUCUGACAGGGUCUAGCAGGGUCCAGAGUGGGUCUAGGGGGAUUGUGGUUUUACCUGGUGUGUUGGUGACAGAGUGAACUGAUGGAAACAUUAAAUCAACACAUGAAGUAUUCGGAACCCCCAUCCUCAUGUUAUUGAUCAUCA